AUGAUAGGAAUUCACGAUGCGGCCAGACGCGGCGACGAAUCGGCGUUGUCAGAACUCCUACAAGACCCGACAUUCGAUAAGAUCAAUGCUAGGGACGAGAAAGGCCACACACCGCUAUGGAUCGCUUGUCGCGAGGGCCAUGUAGCCGUUGUGCGAUUGCUUUUGAACCAUGCCAAGUUUGAUGGUAGUAUGGUAAAUACUACAUCCGAAAAUAAACACACAGCCCUCUCGGUCGCUGUGUGCUUUGGGUUGGAUGAAAUAGUCAAAGUGUUACUGUCGCAACCUGGCAUCGAACUCAGUACCAGGGACAAUAAUGGCCACACUCCGUUGACUCUGGCAGCGAAGAAAGGGUUCAAAAGCACUAUCAAUCUGCUCCUGGACAUUAAAGACAUCGACUUGGGUCCGGAUGGCCGCGGCAAGACGCCGCUAUCCACGGCUUUGGAGUCCGAUCAGUUAGACAUAGCAUCGAAGCUUAUAAAUGCUGAAAGACGCCGAACUCCGACCGAAACUAAUCAGACAUUACUGUCAUGGGCGUCAGAAAAUGACAAAAGAGAUGUAGUACGACGGAUCGAUGAUCUAGAAACUAGAAACCUGAACCUCCAAGAUGGUGAUGGAGAUACACCGCUCUCCAAAGCCGCUGAACGUGGAGAUUUGUCAAUGGUACGCCUGCUGCUCGAGAAUCCCGCCAUUGAUGUAAAUUCGAAGAACAAGGAUGGUAGCACGCCAAUGUCGCGAGCCGCAGUAAAUCAACAUAAGAAUGUGGUGGAGCUUCUUGGUGCGAGAGACAACGUCACACUGCACUCGCUUGUCCGAUCGGGAAACCUCCAGUUGACAGACUAUCUGCUUACCUGCGACAUUGACCUCAACCGCAAGGACACUUACGGUCUGACUGUUUUGCACAUCGCGAUCGUCUUCAGACAUCUUGCAAUUACUGAGAGGCUUUUGUUGCGGGGAGCGGACGUGGACGCCGAGGACGGGACUGGCAGAACACCGUUGAUACUUGCAGUUCAGCAUAAGUUGCGCGACUUUGUCGAACUAUUUCUGUCCAGAUCGGCAAGUAUGAAGGGUAUUCAAACCAGCGAUUGGCAGAGAAUAUACCAUUGCUACUCUCCAGAACGCAUCCUACAUAUUUCAGAAAGAGCCGGUGGAGUGAUUCAAGUGCAGUUUAUUGAUACGGAGCGCACUCUACAGUAUGAGCCGGAUAUAUCGAGGAGUAUGCUACAGGUCUUCAGCUUUACGGCUUGGUCAAGUUUUCUCACUAGACACAAGCUUGAAGCCACCUUACCAAGAAUUAAAGGACAUAUGCGUUUAACAAAGGUGUUGACCGAAUCAGACAGCUUAGCUGCUAUUGCUGUCACUGUCUGGGUCCCACAUAUACGUAUGUUUACACAAGGCUCUGGAUGGGAUGAGUGUGGAAUCGCAUGGACUAUAGGUGAAAUUGUCGAGGAUGGUGGAUUUGGUCUGAAGACAAAAGACCAUUUCAGCAUGCUACCACACGGCUGGAUUCCCGAAAAUGGUAUCAAAUUCUUCCAACAGCUCAUCGCACAUUUGACGACGAGGUGGUCAGAUCUCUGCAAUAGCACCGAAGAGCAUCUGUCCGAACGUCGAAUGAAACAGCUCCAAGAGAAGGGUCGCUCGGAGAUUAUCAACGAUCUAGCCGGAGAUGCUAAGAACUUAGCUGAACUCCGUCGCUAUCUUCGAGCCCAAGUUUACGAAGCAAAGAUCUUCGUUGAGGAGUACGGGCGCUCCCAAGGCGAAGGCGUGGACCAAGAGGCGCUCAAAACGAUUGAGGGCUUUGCGAAAACCGAUGAUCUACUUCAAGAACUAGAUCAAACCAUCAGAGAUUUAUUACAGUUGGAAUUUGCAUGGGCCUCGACCAACGAGGCUCACAUAUCGACUAGCCUUGGAAUAAGCAUGAAAAGGCUUAGCUGGAUUACAUUCAUCUUCCUGCCGGCUAUGUUUACAUCGAGCCUGUUUGGCAUGAAUGUGAACAUACUCGAAAACAAUCCUGAUUGGCGCUGGUAUCUUCUUUUCGUAGGCACUACACUGCUUCUGACUAUUGCUGUCUGGUUAUCGUUCAAAUAUGUUAAGGUAGAGGUGGAAAUCUGGAAAUAUUUCAACCAAUGGAAUACAAAAUUAACUGAAAAGAAACAGAACAAAACAAAUAGCGCUACGACAAAACUUCCAGUUUAG